AUGGUUCUCGAUAUUUCGACGCCGGAACACGAAAAAUAUGGCAAACACAUGUCGCGCAGGGAUUUGAAGGAACUCCUUCAACCACGCAAAGAAGUCUCGGAUUCAAUUGUCUCGUGGCUAGAAGAAGAGGGCGUCGCCAAACGGUCGAUACAAGACGACGGAGACUGGAUUCAGUUCGUCGUUUCAGUUUCUCAGGCUGAAAAAAUGCUAAAGACGCGGUUCUAUUACUAUCACGACUCAGCAGACCCUAGAAUCUCGAUGAUCCGCACCUUGAAAUACUCAGUUCCAGCCCAUCUGGCGCCGAGCAUUCAUAUGAUCCAGCCAACUACAAAAUUUGGAAAGCCCAGGAAGCAUGGCAAUUCAAUCGCUAGGCUGGAGGCUAUCAACCUAGCCAAUAUCACAGCCGUCAAUUGCAACUCGAGCAUAACCCCAAAAUGUCUAAGGGACCUUUACAAAAUGGGAAAUGCGUUGGCUAAGCCAGACUCUAGGAACGUUCUUGGUAUUUCCGGAUACCUUGACCAGUAUGCGAGAUACGGCGACUUUUACAAAUUUAUCAAGCUCUAUGCACCCGAGUUGAAAGGCGCCAACUUCUCCGUGGAGCAUAUAGGAAACGGCCUAAAUUUACAGAAUUCCACAAGAAGUAGUAUCGAAGCUAGCCUCGAUAUUGACUAUGCACUUGGCCUGUCCAACGCUACGGGUGUAUUCUAUACAACGGCCGGUAGAGGGCCGUUAGUUCCAGAAUUGGAGCAGCCUGACCAAGAGCAUAACUCUAAUGAGCCAUAUUUAGAUCAGCUUCAUUAUCUUUUAAGCCUACCGUCGGAGAAACUGCCAGCCAUUCUUUCAACCUCUUACGGAGAAAACGAACAAAGUGUCCCUGAGAAAUUCUCCAACGCGACUUGCAGCUUAUUUGCUCAGCUUGGAGCCCGCGGCGUCUCGGUCAUCUUCAGUAGUGGUGAUAGUGGAGUUGGCUCGUCAUGCUUGACGAACGGUAAAAAGAAAAUUACUAGAUUUAACCCGACAUUCCCGGCCAGUUGCCCUUUUGUUACGUCUGUUGGGGCGACUUAUAGAAUAAACCCCGAACGAGCCAUCUCAUUCUCGUCCGGCGGAUUUUCGGAUCGACAUGCCCGUCCUAAGUACCAAAAUGAUGCCGUUCAGGAUUACCUCGAUGAGCUUAGCGAUCGGUGGAAGGGACUAUACAAUCCUAGCGGGCGUGGAAUUCCAGACAUCUCUGCUCAAGGAGCCAAUUUUGCGAUCCAUGACCAUGGCAAAGUCACCCUGGCAUCUGGUACGAGUGCAUCUGCACCCGCAUUUGCGGCCAUAGUUGCAAAUCUCAAUACCAUCCGCCUGGAAGCCAACAAAUCGGUUCUUGGCUAUCUAAAUCCCUUCAUAUACGGGCGGGGUAGGCGAGGCUUUACUGAUAUUAUCCACGGAGGUUCCACAGGCUGCCUAGGCGACAAUACAACAAAUGUGACUGCGCCUGCUGUGCCAUAUGCCAGCUGGAAUGCCACUGAAGGAUGGGACCCAGUUACCGGGGUCGGAACCCCAAAUUUUGAGAUUCUGGCCAAGAUAGUCCGAACUAUGUCGUAG